CCAAUUCUAAGCCAAUUUUCCGACAGACGCGCCGUGAGAUAACGAAAAUAGUGGGAAAUUCAAAGAAUUUUCAAUGUUUUAAUUUUGUUUGUGAAUUUUAAAAUGUCAAGUUUAGUUUCUGCUCAGCUGUUAAAAACAUGGGAGAAACAAGGCAAAGCAGAAUUUCUCAAAGAGUUCAAACAUUUGGUGAAAUCUGUAAAUGACACUAGUCCUACUUUCUCAGAAAAUGGUGUUGUCAGGAGCAUCUAUGAUGUCAUCGCAAGCGGUGCGAAGGGUCUCCUUAAGAAAGAAUGGAUUGUUGCAACAUUGGCUGAAAUUCACACAUACCACCCUGAUAUGCCCAACACAAUUUUGGAUGUUAUCAACUUACUUGACUCACAGACAACCAGUGGAGAGAAUGCGACUGAAGAGCGUAGCAACCUUGCCUACAUUGUUAAAGAGUGCGAGAAACUAUUCUCCGACAAGUUGCUCAAAGAGCGGCUUGAGAUCGAUUCGCUCCAGGAGAUGAAAGUGCUAAACAAUCGUAACUUUUACACAAAAUUCAUCAAAGUCAAAACCAAGCUUUAUUACAAGCAGCGGAAAUUCAACCUCUUCCGCGAAGAAAGUGAAGGCUACGCAAAAUUAAUAACAGAGCUCAAUCAGGAGGAUUCCAGCGUCAACGCAAUGUAUAGUUUAGAGACAAUCAAGUCAUUAAUAGGUUGUUUUAAUUUAGAUCCAAACAGAGUCCUGGACGUAAUUUUGGACUCAUUCGAGUGUCAUCCUCAUAAAACAAGCUUCUUUGUCCCACUACUCAAAGCCUACAUGCCCGAUAAGAAAAUACUAAGUGAAGUUCUAGGUUUUAAGUUCAAUUUUUUUCAAAGCGGCUCUGAAGUAACUCCAAAGUCUUUGUACACCCUAACUGCUGUUAUGCUUCAACAUGAUAUCAUUGGAGUCGAUGAUAUUUAUCCUUGGCUUGUGCCUGAUGAUGUCUCAAUCAAAAAAGAUUGGGAGAAAAAAAUAAAAGACGCAAAAGAAUAUGUCCGCAGACUGAAUGUCGUGUCUUUGCAAGAAGCUGGCAAAGAAAUAAUUGAAGAAAAAGAAGAUGAACAAGCAAAGUAUGAGGCUAACCAGAAAUUUGGUUUAUGUGAAGCUCUUUUAAAAAUCGGGAACUGGUCAAGCGCAUCUUACUUGAUCGAAAAACUACCCAAGUUCUGUAUGAUGGAGCAGCCUCCCAUAGCAAUCGCUCAGUGUAAAUUGUUGCACUCGCUGAUAGAGCCCCUGUACAAGAACCACACUACCCUUGGUCCAAAACUCAUCCGCAAAACCGUGCCUCCUCCUGAGAGUCCUCUAGCUCCUAAACCGGUGGAAACGUUCCUAGAUUUGCGAACAGACGUCAUUCCAAUGUUCCUUACAUUGGGGCCAUCCUUACACUUUGAUCCUGUUCUCCUCUGCAAACUACUCCGUGUACUCAAAGCAGCGUUAGCUGCUGCUGGGGUAAAGGAGCACCAGCCUCCAACUGCAUCAGACUCUUUGUACUAUGACACCAUAUCUUUAUUGGAUGUUGUUGUACUGCCCACUCUAUCGUACUUGGAAGCUAACUGUUGUGUAUCGGAAGAGAUCUGGAAUAUUGUUAAAAUGUAUCCCUACCAAAUAAGGUAUGCUCUGUACAGUCGCUGGAAGAACGAAACCUUCCUGAAUCAUGCAAAGCUGAUUCGUAUUCGAGGAGAAGCUCAAAAAAGAAGCAAAACCAUCAUGAAACGAGUGAGCAAAGAGACGGUGAAACAAGUUGGAAGGCUAAUAGGAAAACUAACGCAUUAUUGUCCUGGAUAUUUCUUCGACUAUGUCCUAGGGCUAAUUCAGACUUAUGACAAUCUGAUCGGGCCAGUUGUUGACUCACUGAAAUUCCUGUCAAGCAUGUCGUAUGAUGUGUUAGGCCAGUGUUUGAUUGAGUCACUAGCAAGUGCUGAUAGGACCCGGCUCAAGCAUGACCAUAUGUCCAUUUCACUUUGGCUUCAAUCUUUGGCAACAUUCUGCGGUGCCAUCUUCAAAAAAUAUACAAUUGAACUGACAGGCCUGCUCCAGUAUCUUGCUAAUGAGCUGAAAAUGGAAAAAAGUUUGGAUUUGCUGAUCAUGAAUGAAAUCGUUCAGAAAAUGGCUGGUAUCGAAACAAUAGAAGAAAUGACCAAUGAACAGCUUGAAGCAAUGGCAGGUGGAGACCUUCUGAAAGGAGAGGGUGGUUACUUUAGCCAAGUGAGGAACACAAAAAAAUCAUCUCAGCGCCUAAAGGAGGCUCUAGCUCAAGAUAACCUUGCUGUAUCCUUGUGUUUAUUGAUGGCUCAACAAAGAUACUGCGUCAUUUAUAAAGAAACGGAAAAAAGUCACCUGAAGUUGGUCGGAAAACUUUAUGAUCAAUGUCAAGAUACUCUAGUUCAAUACGGAACAUUCUUGGGCUCAACAUUAUCCAUGGACGAAUAUGUGACCCGGUUGCCAUCCAUUCACUCACUCUUGUCUGAGUACCAUAUUCAUACAGAUGUUGCAUUCUUUCUAGCCAGACCCAUGUUUACCCAUGCCAUCAAUUUGAAGUACGACUCUCUAAGAAAAGCGGAUCCAAAUUGUAAAAAAUUAUCUACCGUCCAAAAGCAACAAAAAUACUGUGAGGCUGUGACUGAAGUUAUGAGUCCAAUUGCUCAGUCAGUACGACCGCUUCACAUGGCCAAAAUCUGGGAAGACAUCUCGCCGCAGUUCUUGGUGACGUUCUGGUCACUCACAAUGUACGACUUGUUUGUUCCAGUCAACGCUUAUCAACGGGAAAUCAACAAAAUCAAGCAAACCUCGCUUAGCCUAGAGAAUUCCAAAGACCUGGUUCCUAGCAAAUUGAAAAAAGAACAAGAAAAACACCUGGUGCUGGUAGAAAAAUUACAAGAUGAAAGGAAAAAACAACAGGAACAUGUUGAGAGAGUAAUGGCACGAUUGAAAGAGGAAAAGGACUCAUGGUUUCCUACGAGGUCCCCAAAAUCUACUAAAAAUGAAACUAUUACACAGUUUUUGCAGUUAUGUCUCUUCCCUCGCUGUGUAUUCACAAUGGUUGACGCUCUGUACUGCUCAAAAUUUGUUCACACCCUACACAUUCUCAGGACGAACAAUUUCUCCACUUUACUGUGUUUCGAUCGAUUAUUCUGUGAUAUUACCUACACUGUAACUUCAUGCACUGAAAACGAAGCCAACCGCUACGGGAAUUUCUUGUGUGCUAUUUUGGAAAUAGUAAUGCGGUGGCAUUCAGCGCAAGAAAUUUUCGAAAAAGAAUGUGCAACCUUCCCAGGUUUCAUCACCAAAUUUAGAGUCAGUAAUCAAUUCUCAGAUUCAAGUGAUCAUCUUGGUUAUGAAAAUUACCGGCAUGUCUGUCACAAGUGGCACUAUAAAAUCACCAAGGCAAUGUUAGUUUGUUUAGAAUCGAAAGACUAUGUUCAAACUCGAAAUGCGCUCAUCGUACUGAUCAAAAUUUUACCUCAUUACCCUGUGAUACCCAAACUAUCCCAGUUCCUUGAGAAAAGGAUUGAGAAAGUGAAGGAGGAUGAGAAAAGCCGACGGCAAGAUCUAUUCACUCUAGCAACCAGUUACAGCGGCCAGUUGAAAGCAAAAGCACCACAAUUGAUCAAAGAAAGUGAUUUCCAUCAGGUUGUGGAAGUAAAGCCAGCUAAGACUGAGCCAGCAGAAACGGCGCCAGGUGAUUCCACAACCUCCGGAACAUCGAACUCGCAAGCACCAAGUUCCUCAGUUAAAGUUAAUGGAGAAACUAAUUCAGAUAAAGAUGUUGUGAUAGUAUCUAGUUCCUCAUCUGGUAAAGAGCGGAGAACUCUAAAUCGGGCUGCUGAUGUACAGCCUAUCCUCACAGUGCCGUCCUCAAAUAAUACAUCAGGUUCAAAAGAGAGAUCUCGUGAAGAGGCUUUAAAAGAAAUCAAAGCGGAAAAACUCCUGAAGAAGGAGGAAAAGCGAGAAGACUCGGAGAGACGUGUGCGAGAGAAGAAAGCUGCUGAUGAGCGAUCUAGUCCUUCAUGGGAAUCGUCAAAUAGGGAGGAAUCAAGUCGUCAGAGCUCAAUGCAAUUCUCGAAAGACGAUUUAUCAAUAACACGGAAAUACCAUGAUAGCAAUCAUUACUACACUGGGAGCAGUUCGCAGCCGCAAGUUGUUGAUGAACGGGAACUGAGCAGUAUUUCUAAUUCCAGUGGUGGAUCUCUGCAUAGGCAUAGUCCAGAACCUGACAGAGAUUUGAAGCGGCGAAAAGUCGAAAGCAGCUCUUCAUCGAAGAGUUACAAAGUAGAGGAGCAACCAAAACAUAUUGAGUCUCUGAUAACACUCGACAAGAAAGAAAGGAGGGAUAAGUCUUCAAAGAAAACAUCCAAGUCUUCUGAUGGAGGUGAUUCAGCCAGAAAACCAGAUAAGCGAGAUAGGAAAUCUCGAAAACGGGGUCAAGCAGAUGAGAUCAUAGUCCUAACAGAUCAGCAAAAGAGGAGAAAAGAUGAUACCAAAGCAGGGUCGUCUAAAAUGAAUAGUCAUCAGAAUGGAGAGCCUAUUGAAGUUAUCGGUGAUAAACGUUUUGUAAAUGACAAGUAUGAAAGUGAUCGAAGUCGGGACAGAGACCGAGACUCAAAAUCUAAACAUACCCGGAGAUCCAGUGAAAGCAAACGGAGGAUAUGAGAUCAGAAUGUAGAAUUUCUACCAGGAUUCAGUACAGCAGGAAGAUUAAGAGAUACCUACUUCAUUUUGCGAAAUUCGUAGUAUCUCUGGAAAUUAGUAGAAUUAGCAGAAAGCUUGGUGCUUUGAAGACUCAAUUUUAGUAAAAACAAAUAAAAUAUGGAUGACAUCAAUUAAAUUUUUUCAUUUUUAUAAUUUGUGUGUUCGGAAAAAACAAAGUGCUCAAAUUCAGCCUCUCUGGAAAUAUCUACUCUUUUGCAUUUCCCAAGUACUCCAUCAAGAAUAUCUGAAAUUUUAGAUCCCCGAAACUUUAAACAUUUGUCUAUAAUUUUAUAUAAUAAUUGUUAAAUAACUCAAGAAGCACAGCUAAAAUGAAAAAUGCAAAGUGUUCUUUAUUUUAAAUUGUUACAUUUAUGCCCGUGCUUUCUUGGUUACUUUAAAGCAUUUCAUGAUAAAACUUUGUACAAAAAUACAGAGCAUACUGCAGAAUAACUGAAGUCUUGAAGAUUCUAAGAAGAACGUUUAAAAUUUAGCAGUAUCAAUGUAAUUAAUCUAUGAUCUAAUCUGCAACCUGUUCUCCAUUAUCCUCUACUUUAAGAUUGUUGUAAGCUUUGGUUUUCUCUACUGCAGUGACUUAGCUGAAUCUUUAAGUAAUACUGAUGUGAAUGUUGAUGGCGUAAAGGUUGCUAAGAAGCUAGUUCGUGCAGAUUGGCUGAAUCUGAACAAUAUAUUUUUGUCCUGACACUCCAGAAGCUCGAUUAUUGGAUCUAUGUUGAUACACCAAGAUAAGACAUAGCUCUAUCUUAAGCAUUCAAUAUAUCACACUUUGCUUGUUUUUUUCGUAUCGACGUAGAUUCAAUAAUCCAACCCCUAUCCCCUUCAAAUUUCACUCCCAUUAUUAAAUUUGCAAUUUUGAUACUUAGUUGUAUUUAUAUGAAAUUAGUCCAUCUCUAAUGGAUUCUUUCUGUAGAUAGACUUGUUUUCUAAAAAGGAAUUAGGAACAAGGAAAUGGAUACGAGAAAUUUUUUGCUCCAUUGUUCCUCAUCGAGUUUUAACCAGUUUUUGACAAUAUGUUACCUUUGUAAUAGUUUUACUUUCCUGGAAAAAGUCAUUUAGUUUAUGUCUCUUAGUUUUUUUUUUAAUUUUACUGUACUUCCCUUGGGAUUUCAUUUUCUCAAAUGUCUUAACCAAGUCCAAAUUAUCGUAAAUAAUUGAGUUUUUUAAUAGAGGCGCUAUAUGUGUAGAGAGCGUUUCUUGAUAAAUUGUCUUCAAAGACAAUACAAUUUGGAAGUCAAAACAUUCAUACAAUUUUACAUUGCAGUGCUUGCUGUCACAAUUUGGUAAAAAAAAACCAAAUUUUUGGCAAUGAACCUAACUAGGUGGUUAUCUGAGAACUGAAUGGAACAGAAUCGCAAAGCCUGAUCGGGGAAAUACUCUUGCCUCCACUAAAUCCAACAAUUUCCCUCUCACAUUUGUUUCAUUUGUCAAGGAGCCAAGGCACUGUCACUUCAGAGGAGGCUCAGAAUUUUCUGCAUGCUACCUCAGACCUAACUCCAUGGAAUAAAAUUGAGCCGGAUAUAUUACAUGAACCAAUCAUCUGGUUCUUUUUGUGCUAACUUUAUUGGAUGGAUUAUAUUUACAAAGUAAUUUUACCUGCACCUCACUACCUCAGUUUCUCUAGAAUCAGAAAAUAACCUUUUGUGGCAUGUUGCGGGAGGGUAUUCUAGGCUUCAAAGAUAGAUUUACUUUUAAAGACCGCUUUUUACUUUUGAGACCUCAAUCCUAUUUUCUCAUUUGUUCUAUUUCUUGUAAAUAUUUGUCCAUUAAAGUAGUUUCAUCAGGCUGACGGUGGAAAGUCAAACUUGUAAGUGGGAAAAUUGAACAGAUCAAUGAAGUGUUUUGGAAAAACAAUAAUGUAAGUAAUGAAACCUGUCCCUCUCCAAGGAUGAUGUACAUAUGAUGAUGUAAUUUAUUUUUUCUAAUCAGUUGCAUUUUUGUCCAUUUUCUAUGUUCAAUGUACAAAUUAAAAGAAGUGAUUGUCAAUAUU